AUGAGAAACACGACAAGAGUGGUUAUAGACUUUGCAUUAUUGACGGUCAUUUAUUUGCUACUUUUCUUAGGAGUACAAAGUCGCAAACAGCUUGUGGCAGGAAGCAGGAGAAUCUACUAUAAUGAACAAGCGGAUGCAAUUAUAAGGUCACAAGACUACGUACCCCCCGAGCUUUCGAUACAAUAUUGGAGUUUAUACAAGGGUCCACAGGUAUAUGUUCAAAAAGAUGUCAAAGCAACUGCUGUAAAGGGACGACUUGAGGCGCUUGAAUGUUCCUCUCAACCACCAUCAGACUUGUUUCGAAAAAGCCUAUGUCCCAGUUCUACACAUGAGCACUCAACAGGAAUCCAGGAAGGGAAUCUCGAUCUUGAGCUUCGGUGCGUCCAGACCCAGGAAGAAAUGAGAUAUCGUAUACUUAGAACCUGGUUUCCAGAUGCCGGUGGACCCGGUUCAAUCUCCCAGCUUUUGAUGCUGAAGGAGUUCAUGGCUCGGUUGGCGUUCGAUUUGGGUGUCGACGUGGAGGAGGUAUACCCAGCAGAUCACAUUGAUCUUAUGGGGGGCGUUGGAUUUGGAGGCCUCUCAGCUCUUCUUCUUGGUCGACUUCGAAUGCAUGUAGACGAAGCCAUGGACGAACUCGCCGCUAUCGGCAAUGCU